UCAGAGCAGGAAGUGCUGGGUGGUGACUGAGCCAAGGGAAGCAGGUUGGGGUGUGAGAGAAACACAGUCACCUGCGGCCUAAUUACCCAAACGCUGUCCCUAGCCACAGGAGGGAGAGGAGCUUUUCUGCUGAGUCUGUCUAGAGGCCGUCACGCCGGCACAGCUCAGCACAGCCUGGACAGAAAGCUGACCAGCUGAGCAGCCCCGGAGUCCAGUGAUGUCGCUGCCCCAACCACACCCAGCCUGAUGGUGAGAAAGGGUCCCAGCUGUGGCUCAGAAGACAAGGCUUGCCCCCAGCUUGGUGGGAACGAUGAAAAGGAGGAAACUCUGUGAUUGAACCUCCAGCCGGGAACCAGCUGAGGUGGACCGUACUCUCCCAGACACCCGUGCCCUGAUCCCUGGUUUGGAGAAGCCUUGGGACAUUUCUGCUUCGGAAACCUGUGGGGGAACGCUGAGAGGCCCCAGCUCACGCGAGCUGGCUACUGAGCCCAUGCCGGAUGACAGAGCCAGGAUGGAGAACGCCAAGAAGGAAAAGGCGGAGCAGAUCCUGGCGGAGUUCCGGCUGCAGGACGAGGACUUGAAGAAAGUGAUGCGGCGGAUGCAGAUGGAGAUGGACCGGGGCCUCCGGCUGGAGACUCACGAGAAGGCCAGUGUGAAGAUGCUGCCCACCUACGUGCGCUCCACCCCCGAAGGCUCAGGUGACGUCUGGCAUCCAGCUCCCCUGCCCCCCAUGCCUUCCCCUCCUCCUCUCCCGGUGGGCGGUGCCCCUGAGGCUGACACACUUCUCCGUGUGGCUGCAGAAGUCGGGGACUUCCUCUCCCUGGACCUGGGCGGCACCAACUUCAGGGUGAUGCUGGUGAAGGUGGGCGAGGGUGAGGCUGGGCAGUGGAGCGUGAAAACCAAGCACCAGAUGUAUUCCAUCCCCGAGGAUGCCAUGACGGGUACCGCUGAGAUGCUCUUCGACUACGUGUCCGAGUGCAUCUCCGACUUCCUGGAGAAGCAUCACAUGAAGCACAAGAAGCUGCCCUUGGGCUUCACCUUCUCCUUCCCUGUGAGGCACGAAGACAUCGACAAGGGUAUUCUUCUCAACUGGACCAAGGGCUUCAAAGCCUCCGGGGCAGAAGGCAACAACAUCGUGGGGCUCCUGCGAGACGCCAUCAAGCGCAGAGGGGACUUUGAGAUGGAUGUGGUGGCGAUGGUCAAUGAUACCGUGGCCACAAUGAUCUCCUGCUACUAUGAGGACCGCCGGUGCGAGGUUGGCAUGAUUGUGGGCACUGGCUGUAACGCCUGCUACAUGGAGGAGAUGCACAACGUGGAGCUAGUGGAAGGAGAAGAGGGCCGCAUGUGCGUCAACACCGAAUGGGGCGCCUUUGGGGACGCGGGUGAGCUGGACGAGUUCCUGCUGGAGUACGACCGAAUGGUGGACGAGAGCUCGCUGAACCCGGGCCAGCAGCUGUACGAGAAACUCAUCGGCGGCAAGUACAUGGGCGAGCUGGUGCGGCUCGUGCUGCUGAAGCUGGUGGACGAAAACCUGCUCUUCCACGGGGAGGCCUCGGAGCAGCUGCGCACGCGCGGCGCCUUCGAGACGCGCUUCGUGUCGCAGGUGGAGAGCGACUCGGGCGACCGCAAGCAGAUCUACAACAUCCUGAGCAGAUUGGGACUGAGGCCCUCGGCCACUGAUUGCGACAUCGUGCGCCGCGCCUGCGAGAGCGUGUCCACGCGCGCCGCGCACAUGUGCGCAGCGGGGCUGGCGGGCGUCAUCAACCGCAUGCGCGAGAGCCGCAGCGAGGACGUGAUGCGCAUCACCGUGGGCGUGGACGGCUCGGUGUACAAGCUGCACCCCAGCUUCAAGGAGCGCUUCCACGCCAGCGUGCGUAGGCUGACGCCCAACUGCGAGAUCACCUUCAUCCAGUCGGAGGAGGGCAGCGGCCGGGGCGCGGCUCUGGUCUCUGCGGUGGCCUGUAAGAAGGCCUGUAUGCUGGGCCAGUGACAACAGCGGCCUAGAGGCAAGGAGGAGGCUGUGGCCGUCGCUAUACCUGGGCUCCAGGGGUCAGCGCUUCCCACAGGUGCACCCAUUCUGGCCUACCUCCCAUUCCCGCUGCCUCCUGGAGAUGGGGCAAGGGCGGCAGGGGAAUGAGGCUGUCCCGGGCAGGCCAGGUCUUCCUGAGUCAGUCGUGGGACAUCCCUAGGGCCCUAACUGGGUUGGGGGCUGAGAUGAGCAGGAAUGGAGACCCCCAAGUCUUUCUCCUUUCUGCCGGAAUCAACCCCCCAGAAGGGAAAUGCUCGCUCAGGACUUUGUCGCAUCUCUGCAUGGCUGCAUCUUGGGUCGGCCAUGCCCACCCCUACCCAGUUCAGGGACGGGGUGCCUUCUGGACCCUGCUGUGGCCUGGCGUCCGUGGGAACUCAGCCCACAUGGGGCGGUAGCCCCAGGGACCUGGCCAGGCCUAGGCCUGGGCUCCACCAGGGGCAGGACUGCUGACCACCCAGGCCUGGGAGUGGGGGUGUGAAAUGGGAGGGGACUGGCCUAGUGGGGAGGCUGCAGUACUGGAGUCCUGAAGAUGGCGGUCUUUUCCCUCCCAUGCUGCCUUCCCUGAGUGGUUUGGGGUUCUGGGAUGGACCCUCACAGGAAGCACAUGAGACAGAGAGCCCGUUGCCGCUGCCAGGAAGAGGAGGACCCCCAUGGGGCUGCCACACACUGGCCAAGCAGAACUGAGCACAGCCCAAGGCACUACCCAGGCCUCUCUCUUCUCACCAGACCUCUAUGUGCCACACCAACCUCUUCAUACCCAAUCUGGGACUGUGUGGUUUUUUUUAAUUAAAAGUUUUAAACGUUUAGAACUUGGCCAUGCCCACUGUUCUUUGACCUCUGUGCAUAAGGACUGUGGGUAUGUAGAUGUGGCCACAUUGCACACUCUGUGGGCCUACGAACAUCUGGCCAGCUAUGCCAGGAGUAUGAAGAGUGACAGACCAGGCAGUAGGAAUGGGUGUCAUUUGGGUGACGGUGGUGGUCUCGGACUUACCCAGGCCCCGCCCACCAGUGGGCUUUGGAGCGUGGAUGCACCAGUCUCUAACCUCGAAGCAGCUCUGAGAUUUUUGAGGGCCCAAGGGAGUGCCCAGGAAGGGUGUGGGCUGGUCUUGGGUGGGGGGGCCUGUCCCUGCUCCUUGUCAGGCUCAGCAGGGGGCCCUCCGUGCCUCUUGGGAUACAAGACGUGAUUUCUGAGGUCUUUCCGGGUACUCCUGGGCCAAAUGCCUGUUUUGAGUUAGCCAAGCCUGGGGCCUCAUGCCAUCUUACACAGAAAGCCAGUGACAUACAAACUCACAUUUGUCUGGUUUUAACAUACUCACUUUUCAGUGAGUAAUGACUUGUUUCAUUCAGAACUUAACCCCAAAUUGUGGUUUUAAGCAGGCUAUCCCCCUUGAGAUGUCUUCACUCUCCCGUGUCUCCCGUGGAAUUUCUCCUCCCAAUCUCUAGGCCUCUCCAGUCUAAAUUAUGCACCAGCAGCUCUGCCAGCAGCGUCUGAUUCUGUUAUUAUCCCACUAACGUUUUCACAUUGCAGUGUUGCCCACUGGGUCUCAUUGUGAUACUACACUUGAUCAUAGCCAAAAGGCUGAGAAGCGAUGGGUCUCAUUGUGAUACACAUUACUUCCUAGUUGCCCUUAUGUUACAGUUCAGGGCAUUGUGGUGAUUUUUUUAAAUCCUUUGUGGGUAGGUUAUCCUAUGAAUUGCAUUUCCAGAGCGU